CCGUGCCGCCGCGGAUUCUUCCGAGUCAAAAACGUCAACCAGACUCCUGUGCAACUUACCUUUUACCGCGCUAUGCCUCCUCUCAAAAUUCGAGUUACUCGAGAUAUUAAAGCGCGACAUGGUGUUCUCCAAAACGAAAUAGCUCGAAGAGCCUACCUAUACGUCGCACGUAACCAAGCUCUCCCUCCUCAAAUUCGACACCAGGCUCAACUCCAGUUAAACACCUUCGGACGGUACACUCGACCGACGACUGUGAAGAACCGGUGUGCGGAUAGCGGUAGAGGGCGGGGAAUAUUGAGUGAAUUUGCCUUAUGCAGAUUCCAAUUCCGUUUGAGAGCAUUAGCAGGAGAGAUUCCCGGUGUGAAAAAGGCUUCUUGGUAGCUUUGGUGGAAGAGAAGACGAUUCGAUGGUCGUUCAGCCGGCAAAACCAAGAGUCACGAAUUCAAAUUUUCAAGACACUAAUAAGAUACAAAAUACAUAUCACUCGCU